CGUUGCCAAGGCGACCAGCUUGCUAGGGAGGACACUGCGGCGCGCGUCACGCGCCGGGAACGAGCGUGUGUGCUUGCGAGGGUGCGCACGUGCGCGGGCGCGCGACAGCUAGCCGAGGCGGUCACGGCAUCCACACAGCAGCAGCGGCAGCGGCAGCAGAGGCAGCAUCUUUCCCCCACACAAGACUAUCGGAAGACCGCGCAGUCUGUGUCCGCCGUUAACCGAGACGAGGUGAAGCAAGGCGAAGCUUGCACCGUGACUCGAAGCGGUGCUCUGCGGUGUCGGAGGUCUCCUUGAGGGGAUUUAUUGAGGAUUUAUCGACGACGUCCCAGAGAAACGCUCAAAAAACACUGAGGAGCUGCGACCAUUGGUCAACACAGGUGACACUUCCCGGCUGUCAAAUCUGCCGAGACCCCGCAGACACGACUUAUUUUGGUGUUAUUUUUGUCGUAUUAAGGCUUCGAUAAAAACAAACAUUCUUCCCGAGGCAAACCGGACUGUCAGCCGGGAAAUUAAUUAAUAUAUUGGCGUGCUGGAGAGGACGGGGACUGAGCAGAGCCUGCUGUUCGGAUGGGGAACCAUACUAUAUCCUGCUGUAUGUGCUGUGUGAUGCAGUAGCUUUAUUUUUGGUAUUCAGACUCCACUGUCAUUGUCUCCAGUCAUGAAGUCCCACCUGGGUUGAACGAGGCAGUGUUGUCUGGGGGACAUUUUUGAAGGUGGUGGGUUUUUUUUAAUUUGUUUUUUAGAAACAAGCACUUUUUGCUUGCUUGACAUUUACCGCUGCUGGAGGAAGGUUUAGUGAAGAGGACACGGAGGAGAAGGAGGAAUCUCAGGAAAAAAACAUCAGUGGGAAUCUGGCACCCCACCAGCACCCGUGGAUCACAAAUUAACAGAAUUCUGUUAAAAAAAACAUCAAUCAAAUGAUCUGGAUAAUAGAAGACCAGUAGGGAUGGAACGCAACAGAACCAUGGCUGGGGAAGCGUUUCGGAUCCUUGCUGCGCAGAAUCAACACUGACCUGGCAUCCACACUGAGGUCCGACCUUCUUCUCCAGCACCCCAAGGACCCUUCUUUCCCCCCAGCAACUGCUUUGCCCACCUUCUCACCUUCACUUGGCGCUCCUUGUUUUGAUCAAACCUCCGAAAAAGCUCUGCCUGCUUUUGUUUUUAAUCCUCCUCUUAAGCGCCACCUUCCAGACUGUUGGUUAUAAUCCACAUUCUCGCAUAAAAAGACUGAAGUACGCCAAAACAGACUAGAAGCAGGUGGCUGAACAGUAUGAAUCCAGUCAUGUACCCCCUUUCACUCUCUCUAAGUAAACAAAGUCGGCGGGGUUUGUCAUCCAGGACACGCCCCCUUAGUCUCAUGACAGACUGGUGCCUAAUGGGUGUGCUUGGCCUCAUCCUGCUCUUCAGCCUGGCCUCGAGCCAGAAGAUAGACCCUUCCAAACACCCCAUAGUCACCACCAACUACGGCAAGAUCAGAGGCAUCAAGAAGGACUUGAACAAUGAGAUCCUGGGCCCUGUAGAGCAGUAUCUGGGCGUCCCCUAUGCCACGGCGCCCAUCGGCGACCGCCGCUUUCAGCCACCUGAAGCUCCGGGAUCCUGGCAGGAGAUCCGCAACGCCACCCAGUUUGCCCCUGUGUGCCCUCAAAACGUCCACGGCGUGCUCCCGGAGAUUAUGCUGCCCGUAUGGUUCACAGACAACCUGGACGUGGCGGCAGGUUACAUCCAGAACCAGAGCGAGGACUGCCUCUACCUCAAUAUCUACGUGCCCACAGAGGAUGGUCCGCUCACAAAAAAACAUGAUGAAUCUUCAAUGAACAAGCCUCGAGACGAAGAUAUUCGUGACCGCAGGAAGAAGCCUGUGAUGCUAUUUAUCCAUGGAGGCUCCUACAUGGAAGGCACUGGAAACAUGUUUGACGCUAGUGUCCUGGCCGCCUAUGGCAACGUGAUUGUGGUGACCAUGAACUACCGGCUCGGUGUACUCGGCUUCCUCAGUACCGGUGAUCAGUCUGCUAAGGGGAACUACGGUCUGCUGGACCAGAUUCAGGCCCUGCGUUGGCUCAAUGAGAACAUAGGCCACUUUGGUGGAGACCCAGAGAGGAUCACCAUCUUCGGCUCCGGAGCUGGGGCAUCCUGUGUCAAUCUCCUCAUCCUCUCACACCACUCGGAGGGUCUGUUCCACAGGGCCAUAGCCCAGAGUGGAACUGCCAUCUCCAGCUGGUCAGUCAACUACCAGCCCCUCAAGUACACCAAAAUCCUGGCCCGCAAGGUGGGCUGCACCUAUUCAGAGACAGCCGACCUGGUCGACUGCCUGAGGCGCAAGAACUUCAGGGAGCUGGUGGACCAGGACAUCCAGCCAGCUCGAUACCACAUCGCCUUUGGCCCCGUGGUGGACGGAGACGUGGUGCCUGACGAUCCUGAGAUCCUCAUGCAGCAGGGGGAGUUCCUCAACUAUGACAUCCUAAUUGGAGUGAACCAAGGAGAGGGGCUGAAGUUUGUGGACGACAGCGAGGACAACGACGGCAUCUCAGCCGCAGCAUUCGACUACACUAUCUCCAACUUUGUCGACAACCUCUAUGGCUACCCUGAGGGCAAAGACAUCCUGAGGGAGACCAUUAAAUUCAUGUACACUGACUGGGCAGACAGGGACAAUGGCGACAUGCGAAGGAAGACCCUCUUAGCUCUGUUCACAGACCACCAGUGGGUGGCGCCGGCAGUGGCCACCGCCAAACUCCACGCCGAGUUUCAGUCUCCGGUUUACUUUUACACGUUCUACCACCACUGCCAGACCGAGACGCGACCGGAGUGGGCCGAUGCUGCCCAUGGAGACGAGAUACCGUACGUGUUUGGCGUGCCCAUGAUCGGUGCUACAGAUCUAUUCCCAUGCAACUUCUCGAAGAAUGAUGUGAUGCUGAGCGCUGUGGUCAUGACUUAUUGGACCAACUUCGCCAAGACUGGGGACCCCAACCUGCCAGUCCCUCAGGACACCAAGUUCAUUCACACCAAGCCCAACCGCUUUGAGGAGGUCAUCUGGACCAAGUUCAACUCGAAGGACAAGCAGUACCUCCACAUUGGCUUAAAACCUCGUGUUAGAGACAACUACAGGGCCAACAAGGUGGCCUUCUGGCUGGAAUUAGUCCCUCACCUCCAUAGUCUGCAUGAGGAGCUCUUCCCCACAACCACCCGCUCGCCACCAGGUGGUGACAUAGGCACCCCCAGAACCAGGCCCAGAACACCAGGCCCUCGCAGCACUCGUCAUCCCUACCCUACCUUCCCCUCUGAUCCUGAGCCUGAGGGUUCAGAGCGUCCACACCAGGACCUCUUCCCUGGAGACACCCGGGACUACUCCACUGAGCUGAGUGUGACAGUCGCUGUGGGGGCAUCGCUCCUAUUCCUCAACAUCCUGGCCUUUGCCGCUCUGUACUAUAAGCGUGACAAGCGGCAUGAGAUGCGACGCCACAGGUUGUCACCUCAGCGGGGCGGGCCUGCCAACGACCUGGCUCACAGCCAGGAGGAGGAGAUCAUGUCCCUGCAGAUGAAGCACUCAGAGCACGACGCUCACCAUGACAUGGAACCACUCCGGCCCCACGACAUCCUAAGGCCCGCCUGCCCGCCUGACUACACACUGGCCCUGCGCCGUGCCCCUGACGACGUGCCACUGAUGACACCCAACACCAUCACCAUGAUCCCCAGUACCAUCACCAGCAUGCAGCCUCUUCAUGCCUUCAACACCUUCCCUUCCACUGGUCACAACAACACCCUGCCCCAUCCCCACUCCACCACCAGGGUAUAGUAGGGACUGGCCCAACACAGCGCCACCUAGGGACCAGAAAGACUGGCUCUGCCACUGAUCUAGAACGGAGGCCUCUGGAUGUGGGCCUUUGUUCUGUUCUCUUACUCUCUUGUUUCUCCAAAAACAACUCCACCUCCUCCAUCAUGUGCUGUCAAACUUAGCAGCUCCACUGGUGGCGUGUGGAGAAGCAACUGAACUGCACGGCAGCAGAUGAUCAGUGUGGGGGUGAUUUAGAUCUUUCAGAGAUACUGUUUUCAAAGGUCUGCUGUUUCCAGACUAAAGCCCCCUGACAUUUGUCAAAAGGACGAAUGCUUUUCGCCCCUCGCAGUUUUGCCUUUUUUACUUUGGCUUUGUCUCUUUUUCUCUCCCUGGUGUGUUAUGUGCAUAUAUCGUUCUCUUUUCUACAUCUGUGUCUUAUCCCUGCUUUGUUGCUCUCAUUCGACAUGGGAUUCUCUCCCUCUCCCAGUGCUCCUUUACUCCAAGGACUCGCAAACUACUGAGCUAUAGGAGGGGGCAUAGAGUACAUACAGUAAUCAUAUAGCUAUGAAAACACUGAUAUCUGAUACUUUCAUUCUACCAGCAUUCUUGGUGCCAAGUAUGUACUACUGUGUUUGCUUUUCUCAUCGAGGGAGAAAAAAAACCUAAAGAAAAUUCUAGAGUAUUCCUAUUUACUGUCAAUUAACAGAUGCUGUGUGUUCUCAUGACAAAAGUGCCAAACUGGCCCUCGAUUGUGUUUUUUUUUUCUUUCUAUCAUCUUCUGUUUCUUUUUUCGGAGCAUUUGUUUAAUUGUUGUUUUUUGUGGAAAGAAUUUUUGCUGAAAAUAUAGAUAUAGAGAAAUGAUAUUAUAUAUAGUUAUAUAUAAAUGUGUACAAAGGAGAAAGUAUAUAAAUGGGUUUUCUCAGUGGGGAUCUAUGCAUGAAAUAUUUUUAAAGAUGAUGACGGGGGAAAGGACACUGUAUCUGUCAAUGCACGUUUCCCAAAUCUAAUCAAACCAUAUCGGUCCACUCUGGAUAUUUUGGUUUUUGUUUUAUCUUACAGAACAAGAACAUCACAGAAAAUCCUGCAGUAACCCAACAAAACCUCUUCACCUUCCAACACCUGUUUAUUACAAAAAAAAGAGUCAUUGCCAUAAAUCUCAGAAGAUGUUGAACAACUGUGAACAUGCUCUUCCAUUCAUUCUCUCCUAGAUGAUGUCACUCAGAGGUUUUUCUCCUACGUCAAGCCCAUCAUCCUACAGUAGCUACUUUUUCUUCCCGUCUUUAUGGAGAUGAUCAUUUUUUAGGGUACGUGAGGUGCCGAACCUGUUGUUGUAGCUUGCCUGUACAGAAUUAUUUUUGUAUUUCAGUAAGGGUGAGAAACAAAGCAGAGACAGGCAGCCUUUGCUCUUUUACGUACACCUUCCUUCUCCUGUCUGCACCCCUAUUUCCAGCACAUGCAUAUUCUGUUUGAUGUGUGCCUGUGAGUCAAAGUGUGUGUGUGUGUGUGUGUGUGUGUGUGUGUGUGUGUGUGUGUGUGAUAUGAGAACUGCUCCACAUGGGCGUAGGUGGGCCCUAAUUAGACAGCAAAGAGAUAGAGAGGCAGACAGGCAGGAUCACCCCCAUGGUAAUAACUUAGACUCUAAAAUGUGCUCCUUCCUUAUGCGUAUUCAAACACCUCCCUCUCUGUAUCACCAUCACUUACCCCCUCCCUUCCCCUCUCUCCGUCAGUACACUGGCUUGCUAUUCAAGACUGACACCCAUAUUUCGGCGAUCACCCGUGGUCAGCUCCCUGCUGUGACCACAAAACUCCAAAACUUUCACUGUGUCAGCUGCAUUCUACACGAUUUCAGACCUCGGUUCAGCUCUGCUAUUAUCCUCACAUUCAUGGGUUAGUUCACUAAGCUAGUGACCUUUUUUUGUGAGUUCGUUAGUUGUAUAUUAAACUCUAAGCACACUGAGGGUAACCGGUGGGCCUUCACGGCCUGCGGCGCAGAGCUGCAAAAUGAAAAGGGGGCUCGGAUCUCCUAAACAGGGUAAAAGCAACACAGUUGACAACUGCUCUUUUCUUUCGGGUGAGAAUGUGCAGGCCUACAGCUCAGCGAAACCCCCCACCCCCCUUCUCCAAUUCUCUGCUACAGAUCUCAAACAUGGAUCAUGAGUAAUACAGUUAGGUGUUAACUAAACUGAUUUGCUGUUGUUUGAGCCCACAGGAACACAUGGUAGCCUACAUCCAGUAUGGGAGAAGUUAGUCACCGGUGCUGUCUUUGCUUGUGCUCUAGCUUUAGCCUGUUUGUUUGUUUGUUUGUUUUCUAUUUUAUUACUGCCUAAUGGGGUGGUGGGGGAGGGCUGGAGGGGGAGAGAUAUACCUUGCUGCUCCUGUCAGAGAUUUUGUAAGCCCACUGAAAGGGAAAUGUGCACAAUGUAAAACACAAAACAACAGACUUGGGUGUGCAGCAGGUGGAUAAAUGCUGUGGAAAAGACAAUGGACAGAAGCGUGAGGAAUGGUGCACGCUGUGGGAAAGAGACUCUGGGAAGAGACUGGAAAAAGACUUGCAGCCUUAAAUGUAGAAAUCGGAAUCAAAAGAGAGGAUUAACUGACCAAUAGCAAAGUAGGACGUUCAAAGGCAUGGCCAUCUUUCUACCCACAAUGUUUGCCAGGAGGAUACCUUGCUCAUCUGUCCUACGGAGGAUCGGAUAUGUCUGAUCAGACCCAUAUGAACCCUUUUGUACUCACUCCUGCAGAUAAGGAGGCAGUGAGGGAUUGUGAGGUGAACCUCACCACAACACAGCUACAAUGACACCACCAGAGGUGAAAACAGAAACAAGGUAUUUAGUUUGGUCUGUUCUUUUUCCCUGUCUAUUUUAUAAGCUAACACUGGAGGGCGCCCUUGUGAUAGAUUCACUGCAGGUCUGCCCACUCUGAGGAAACUGGAUGUGUGACGAAAAAUACCAAACUGGGUGGCAGGACAGAGACAGACACACAACAUCUGGAAGAGGAUCAAAACUGUACAUUUUUAAGUGUAAGAAUCAAACAGACAAAAUAUUUGUAAAUAUUAAGUUUCUUGUUUGUUUUUCCUUUUUUUCUUUUUUUUUUGAGUGAAUGAAUGAAAUGCUUAUUUUGUGACAACGUAAGACAACAGGUGCAGUUUGCAAAAAGAAAAAAAAAAAGAAGAAAAAAAAGGCCAAGAGCACGAGGUUAAAAUCCAUUCAUGAGUUAAAUAUCAUUUUUCAUGCCAUUUUGUUUAUUUUGUCUCAUGUCGCCCAUUAUCGCGUGGGCAUCCUGUAGCAUCAUGAUUCCUCACCAGGAAAGUCACUGUAGCAGAAAUUCAUCUUCACUGCAGCCCCGACACAACAGAGGGCCUAAGAUGCUGUAGUUAGCGUUUGCUAUUUUCCAGUGAAUAUAUCAUCUUAAAAUUUGUAAAAUAUAGUUUAAGUCUGUGGUUUCAUUGGGGUUUAAGUAGAGGGGCCAAAUACUGCAUUUCUUUUUUCCUUUUUUUUUUUUGUUUUUUUUUUUUAGUUCAAGCUUUAUCAAACGUUUAUUUUGAAAUCUAUCUCGUAAUCCAACUGAACUCCUGAUGAAUUCAGAGUAUCUAUGGAAACAUCUCAGAGGCUGAGAGCACUGAUAAAAGCCAGCUAACUAAUGUAGUGGUGGAGUAGGGAGGUGGCCUGUGAUUCAUGGUCACGACUUCCAAACUGAGACAGUAAACGCAAAGUGCAGCCAGUGAAAUGUUGGCUCACUUCACAUGUAGCAGUGUUUACAUGUAGCCACUAAAUCACAUGUGGGACAGACGUGAGGGCUUUGAUACCAUAAGAUGCCUCAUAGAGUAAUGAGAUCACACAGGUGGUCCGUCUUUUUCCUUCCACACACUGUGUUGCAUUGUGGUUUCAGCGGUUGCGUUGACCUUACGGUGAUGUGAUGUAGCAGUGAAGAGUUUCAUGUUCUAACCAGGUGAGAGGUGUACUUUCAGACUCUGAGCGUGUGUGUGUUUAACAGAGGAAUCAGAUCUGAUGUAUGUGGACACACACUUAGCCUCGUCUGUGUUAUAAAGUUACUCACUGCAGCCCUUUGGUUCACACAGUUGGGGCUGGAUUUGGGUUUAUUCUUAUUUCAACAUGCCCAAACAACUGCAGUCAGCCAAGCUAAUCAAAGUGACUUCAAAUCACUGAAGCUAAUUAGAGAUCAUGUGUCAGGUCAGUGGUGCAUGGACGCACAUGGUCAAUACCCCACAAUGGCAAAGAGUGACACACACACUCACAUAAAUCUCCAGCUUGGUCUUAAUUGCGAAGUUGCACCUGUUGUCUUGUUUUUACAUUCUUUGUUGAAUUCAGAAACCCAAGACUUGAGAUGAAGAAAAAUGUUAAAUAAUGGAAUUUUAAAAAAGAUGAUUAUUAAAAAAAAGUAUAGUAAAACGAUAUAAAUAAAUGAGGUGAUGAUAUUUCUGUUUACUUUAGAAGUUAUUAUACACUGUAUGCUGUGAUUCUGAUCUGGGAAACAUUAAAGACAUUCAUAGCCAG